AUGUACGCGACCCUUGACAACGAGUUCUUCUGGGUCCGCUUUCUCUCCAACGGCAUGUCGUCGGCGCUCGAACAUGCUCUCAACACGCAGCUGUCGCUUCUGACCAACAACGCCUCAAGGACCAUCGACCUCCUGGAGCCAUCGGCGGGCUACGCUGCGAGUGACGUCGUCGGCGUUCACCCCGCGUACGCUUGCUUCAUCAUGUACCAAGAGCUCGCGCGUCUCGAAGGCGGUGUUUACUGCUGGGUCGACUUGGAUCGGCGCUGGGCCCUGGCCUACACGCAGCAGCGGCAAGAGCGCUGCCGUGACCGCUACGUCCGAAACGGCGCCAUGUACAUGGAGACAAUCCUGCGCAACAUGGACUUCAACGCGUGGAGUGCGACGACCCAAGGCUCGUUCCAGCAGCGCAUCGGCGAUGGCGUCGCCGAGUCGCCGGACGGCCCCGCCUUUCUCACGUACCUCGCGACGCACCAGAUGCUACAAGUGGAGCGCGAAGUUCAAUUCUGGUCGGACGCAGGUCUUGACAGCUUUGUGCUCCAGUACACGAACCUCAACCAGCUCGGACUAGAAGAGUCGAUCGACGUCACAAACGCCCUUGGUGCGACCUCUUCCCUGCGCAUCAAGUCGAUCGCGCAGAAGAACCGGGCGACUGUCUGGUUUACCUUGAGCAUGACGUUAACGCUCAUGUAUGGUUUUGGCGCGCUCUCGCACAAUGAGAGCUUGGUGCGCAACGCGAGCACCUUCUUCGGGCACACGACACCAAACGCGAUCGAAGUGUACAACGUCGGAACGCCGCUUAAUCGAUUCCAGCAAGCUGUGCACGACCAGCUCGGACCGCUUUGCAACACGGACCUUCUCUGGGUACCCGUGCCGGCGGAGGUAUUGCGCACCGUGCAGACGUUUCGAAGCUCCGUGCUCGCAGCGUUGGCGUUCAGUCCUGCGUUCGCUACGGCCUAUGACGCGCUCACGUCGAUGACGCUGCACCCGACGCCACGGCAGUGGCGAGAUCCGUCGCUCACAUUUUUUGGCGGCAACCCAACGUGCCUCUCGUCCGCCGGCUACUCGUUUGUUCACGAGUCCUAUGGCUUUGACGACGGCUGCAUGGCACCGAUGCCGCUCACACUCUGCUGGUCUCCGCUCGCGAGUCUCUUUGCUCUGUCGAUAGCCACCGCAACGGAAGCCCCCAUCACACUCUGUGAUCUUUUGCCAGAGACCGAGAGCACCCCCCAGGGAGAUGGCUGGCAUCAACCUGACAGCUCUGGCAACCCUAUCUUUCAGAUGGUGCAACGAAAUGCCUCGCUCGGUAUCGAGACACAGCGGCUCUUGGACCCGUCGUAUGCGUUCUUUGGCUGGAUGAGCAUCUACGAGUGGGCCAUGAAUACGCGCGAAGUCAUCUUGUUUGACGGCGACGCCCACUCGUACGCUGUCAUGACGUAUGCGUACGCUUCGCUCCCGUCACCGACCUACAGCGUCCUCUCGUGCGUGGGCGUGUUCCUCUGGUUCGGCAGCGUCGUUGUGAGUGGUGUAGCUCUCGCGCUUGGGGUUUUCGUGCUCUGGCUUCGCGUGACGCGCCCUCCAAGUUCGUCAUCGACCCCGUGGUUCUAUUUCCACCGCCUCACCAGUGCAUCGUGGCUCAAUCGCGGGCUUGUCGCGGGGCGUGGCGUCGCAGCGCUUCUCUGCUUGUCGUCUGGCACCCUCCAGCACCAAGUGACACCGAGUCGAGGCACGUUGUUUGUGGCGGGCACGCGGUCCGUGGUUGUCUCGGGCAUUUUGGCCGGCGAUGUCACGUGGGUCUUGUACGUUCUCCAGGAUUUCUUGCUGCCGUUGACGCCGCGUAGCAACGGCACCAUGGCCUCCACCUGCGCCCUUCUCGCCUGGCUGAGCUUGUUUGUCGUCGACGUCGCGGCUCCGAUCAAGGUCUCGACGCAUCUGCACCGCGCGUGCCUCUCGGAGAACCUCGAUGCGAUGCUGCACUGUGUGAGCGGGCACUUGAGCAUCGCUUUGUUGGGGCCGAGUGAGACGACGACCAACGAUAUCGCUGCGGCUAUGAACGGCGUCCUCUGCGUCUCGUUUGGCUCUCGGAAAGUUGUGUUUGACACCAAGCUCUGGAUGCCAUUGCACCGCAUUUGCAUUGACAAAGGCGCUCCUUCACGCUACGAGCUAUCCACACUUCCCCGACUACGCGUGCCAAAGACGAUAUUGCUGCUGUGUGGCAUUCUGUACACGGCGAUUGGCCUCGCUUCCAACGUCGCCUUCCUCGCGGUUGCCCAAACCUUCUUGGCCAACGACUUUGGCUGGACGGGCUUCAACAGCACCGGCAUGCACGCCUUCUUGGCUAAUGCCAUCAACCAGCAGCUUCUCAUCUCGACCAAUAUGACGCUUGACUUGAGCAGCCCUGCGCUGGCCGACAUUUCGCAGCUCUACAAUGACUCGAUGGCGUCGAUUGCCUGGAGUGCUCAUGCUGCCCGGCGUCAGCUCCUGGACACCAGCGUACCUCUGGCUCGUUUUGCGCAAGGCCUUCGAGACAUGAACCCGUGUAUGCUGCCGUGGAUGUUUACGCAGUACUGCUGGCUCGACUUGGAUCGACAUUGGGCCAUGGCCAGCACCACCAAGCGUCAAGCGCGAUGUGUUGCGUCUCAGAUGGCCAAUGGCGCCGUGUACUUGGAGAUUCCGCUUCGCAACGUUCGUGACUGGGCCGCGUGGGACCGCUGCUGGGGUGUCUCGUUUGAGAUUGGUUUUGUGUUGCACCUGCAGACUUCGCAGCGUGGUCAGCAGUGGCUCUCGAAUCUCAAACUCAACGUCAAUUCUGUUGAUGACGAAGUGGCUCUCUGGCGUCUCUACAGCAUUACGCGGUUCCAGUUGCAGUGGCAAAACUACAAGACGAUUGGCAUGGUCGAUACCUUCUGGGUCACGUCGGCACUGGGCUACACGUCAUCACUGACGUUGAGUUGGUCGGAAGGCGACUACCAUACGUGGAUGCAGACAUCUCAUCGCAUGUACUGGGCGUUUGCGCGUGAUCUCUGGGCCAUAGCUACCAACGCUACGUACAUCGGUGGCAAGAGCCUCCUCUCUUCUAGUCCCGAGUUUGCCUUUGCCAAUUCGUCUAGUACACUGCUCUUGGCCCAGAACUUGACGCUGCCGACGCCGCUACGACCAGGUCUGGUUCUACUUGCGUCAACGCUGGGUCCUUUUGGCGCCAUCGAUAUUCAUCUUGUCGCGGCACCAAGACUUCUCGUGGACCUUCUCAACACUGUCUUGAAUGUCAUCGCCACGCAACUGGUUUCGAACGAGCUAGCGCAAGCGCAUUUUCUAUCGCUUCCUUCCAAGCCCAGUGUCUGCGAAGUACUUCCCUUUCUCUUGUCCGACCCGUCGAUCAUGCUCGUGGGCGGCAACCUCAUGUGCGGCGACGACUUGCCGCCCGAGCCGUCGAUUGGGCUCUACAGCGGCUUUGGGGCCUUUAGCGUCUGCAACGCCAACUUUUUCGAGCUCAUGCAGCUCAGCACAAAGGAGCAGCUCUUCGCGUUUGCAGCGUUUCUCACUACAACGGUGGUUGAACCGGCCGACUACGAGGGGAUUUGCGCCCUUGACUUGUGCUCGGGCGCUGCGUGUGGAGCUCAGUUUCGCGACGUUGUCACUUGGCUAGAGACAUUUUCGAUCCCAGUUCCUCAAGGUCUUGUGCCGUCGGUGGUCCAGAGCGUCCGUGAACUCCAGAUCGAGACGACGCAGUACUUUUACUUUACCAACGACACGUCACAUGUGCAGCUGUACCAUGUGCCGCUUCUGGCGCCGUCCGAGCGGCUCUGGGGCUUCUACGGCUGGUGUUUCUUGUACGAGUGGGCGACGGGUGCGCGCGAAGCCGUCCAGUUUACUGGUGACGCAGGUACGAUCACAUCGCUCUCCCAGUGGACGCCGCUAUUGACGAUGAGUCCCGAUCCCGGAGAGGUCCCCGUGAGCUUUGCGUCGUUUUGUCAAGGGUGUAUUCUCUACGUCACGACCUUGCUCAUUGCUGUCGCGGGGCUUGAGACCAUCUACAGUCUCGGCCAGCGAGGUCGCAUCGAAGCUUGGAAUCUCUUUGAGCUCAGCCGAAUCGUGGGGCAUGUGUGGGCGGGUCGACUCGUGCUUCUUCUGCGCAGUUUGACAGCCAUCUGGAUUCUCAACACGGCACCGCUGCUUUUGACUAAAGUCGGUGCCGCUACACUGAUUACGUCGCCAUCUCUGACAUGGUACAAGACGAUCCUCGCGGCCUCCGAGGUUUCGUGGCUCGUCUACGCCCUCAACGACCUCUUCAGCGUCGUGACGCGCCAGUACACGGCCACGUACGCGCCCAAGAGCGCAUUUUUAACGUGGUUUCUUGCGAUUCUCUGGUCGUUUGCGUCGCCCGUUCCAGCGCGUGCGCAGCUCCAACGGGACUGCUCGUACGUGGACAUGGACAGUGGGCUUCUCUGCUCGAGUGCGGGGAUUUGCAUCGGCUCGACAAGCGGUAGCAUCGCCGUCGUUGUCAUGACAAUGUGGUGCAUCCUGCUGACGUAUCUAGUCGACCGGCUCCGGUUUCCGCGGUUACCACCCGUCCAGGUGCACUCUCUACUCCUCAAUGCACAGAGUCUCUAUUUAUUUGAUUUGGCCGACUGGGCGGUUGACGGCGAGUACUUUCUGGACAAGGCGUCGGCGCUUAUGGCAGGUAUCCUCUCGAUCGAGUACAAGGACAACUUGUACAUUUUUGAUAUCAAGACGUGGCGGUACAUGACGCUCCCAGUGCCCGUCGUGCCCCACGCCCUCGAUCCAUCGACGGUCGCCCGGCUGCAGUCUGCGCUGCCGCUUGGGCGGAUCUAAUACUGCCGAUAGCUCUGGAUAAAUGCAACCUAGCCGCUGUUAUGUAUUUUGAGACAAGCGGUCGUCUAGUGAUUUGCCCCGCUUUUUCGAAAUUGCCUUUGGCUAGUCUCGGGGCGCGUGAACAAGCCGAUACCCUUCAACAAAUCGAGACAAUAUUGUACAUAC